AUGACUGAUGGUGGCAAUCCCGUUGGAGAUGAAUCGAUAGGAAGUGGGAAAAUGGAAUUGAAUGGACGGUCUCCCAGGUCACUCCAAGGUAGAAAUACCAAGAAUUUAUCCUUGCAAAUAACGGAGACCGGUGCACAACCUGUUGUACUUGCGGAUGCAGUAAAGAUGGGGUCAAAGCGGAUGGAUGGAAGUGAUCUUGUCGGAGAUAAGGUUAGAGUACGGAAUGAGGCACAAAUUUACACAUUAGCCGGGGUACUUAAGUCUCCGACUUUGUCUCCGUCAACUGGAGAAUUUGAUAACAACGGUCGUGCAGGGUUAUUGAAAACGGGACUCUUGCUGUCUGUGGAAGUUAACGAUGGUACAGGGCAGGCGGCGCAGGCGGCGUGGCCUCAGUCGUCGUCUAGUGCGUCUGACGACGACAUUAACGACAACGACGAUCGAUACACGUACACAGAAGCUUACAAGGAAAACGUAUACCGGGCAGGCCCGUUGCAUGUUUUCGGAAACAGCAUCUAUUUGUAUUCGGAACCCGAGAUUAAGGAUUUGGAACCGUUUGACGUGGUCAUAAACGUCGCAAAAGAGAUCCCAGAUCUUAGCAGUCAUUUGAAGCCCGCUAAGAGGCGAAAUUACCAUCACGUCAAAUGGACUCACGUCACCAAAAUAUCCAAAGAUUUGGCACGACUUACAGAGAUAAUGCGUAUUGCAGAAUUGGCCCGACGUAAAGUCUUGAUACAUUGCCAAUGCGGUGUGUCUAGGUCUGCGUCCCUUGUGGUCGCCUAUAUUAUGCGUUACGACAAAUUGCCUUUAAAUGAGGCCUACGAUACUUUAAAAGCGUGUGCCAAGGAUAUUAGUCCGAACAUGAACUUGAUAUUUCAGCUAAUGGAAUGGAACGAAAUGCUACGUUCUCCCACUGCGAAUGACACCCCACCGAAAUAUCAGAACACAUGUACUCUGGAGCCCAUUGAAAUAUCCAGGAUUGUGUCUGAACAAAACGCUGCAACGGAUUUAGCAAAACUUUCCAUUUCGAGUCCCAAUUGUUCUAGCAUAUCUACCGAUAACAAUACACCAAGCACACCACAUGAGUUUCUGCCUGUGGCGAGUGCCUUGACCGGUACAUUGACUAGUGACAAAAAUUGUAACAACUCGGGAAGACAUAUGUUACAAUCGCAGUAUUCACCGAUAUUAGAAACUUUUUCUCAAAGCCCAGUUGAGGUGGCUGAGAAGGUUGGGUCUCAAUGGUCGUAG